AUGGCGGAGCCAAACCAAUCCGUCCGGACUUGCAUACUAAAAGUCGAUCUAAAGUGCUGCACCGGUUGCCAAAAAAAAGCAGGCAUCAAGUUGAAGAGUAUCUCUGGUGUAAACGAAGUGGAGUACAACAGAAAAAAAGGGCUCAUGACAGUCACAGGUAACGUUGAACCUAUGACUCUGGUUCGUAAACUUAAUAAAUGUGGCAAAAAAACAGAGCUCUUCUCAGUUAAGUACCAGAUUGAAGAUGAUGAUCUAAAGAGCGACGAUGAAGAUGAAACUUCUUCUUCUGACUCUGCUAGUUCAUAUAAUGAUCCUAAACCCAUGCAACGUGAAUUGCUAGAGAAGAUGAAGCAGAAGAACAAGAGAGGGCUACGAAAAAAACUUUCUUUUCUAUUGUGUUUGACCAGUAAAUCAAAGGUUGUACAGCCUUUACCGAUGCGAAACCGAAACUGGCAUGUCCCAUCAAAGUUUCAGAAUGGUCCUCCGCAGUUGUGGCCUCCGCAACCGUUGAUACCCUAUUCACAAAUCAGGCAACCACAACUACCACCAAUGAUGCCGCAACAACCACAAGUUCCAAAGAAGCUGUGA